UUAAUUCAAAUAUUAGUGUAAUGUAUAAAAUACAUGUAUUUACGUCGAUGAACGGUAACGAUCUUACAUCGUAGAUGAAACAGAUUCUGAUUUUUUUAAAAGUUAUUGUUUCAUUUAAAAAUAUCACAGAAACAACUUUUAUAGAAAAGCAUACAGUCACGCAGUAAUCUGAUAUCAUAUGUGACUUGUUUAAAAGAAAAUACACGGAAUUCCCCAAAACUUAAAAAUAUAUCUUCAGUGAUAUGUAUAAUGAGUGGUAAGUAAGGGAAAUCCUUUAAAACAUAUGAUCACUUAUGUUAUCUAUUUUUAAUCAGAAAUAUGUAUAUAUAAACAAAACGUAACUUUCAUAAUUCACUAUAUUAAUAUAAAUCAAAGCAAAGCAAAAGGACAAUGAAUCUGAUCAAAUGUGUUAUAACUUUGUGUCUUAUAAUAAUAAGCGAGAUACAUGAUGCUUAUUCUAUUACUGUGCGAAUAAAUCAAAAUAUAUCCGGAUCAAUAGAUGAAAGUGGUACACAAAUAAAAUGCUCAUUCACAAGGCAUAAUGUAACCAAAAUAUUUGCCAUCGAGUUGAAAGCUGAUAAUGACACAGUUGUAACAUUCUUACCAGAUGAUAAACCAAGAUUUACAUCAAAAGGAAGGUAUUUGGAAGGAAGAGUAACACUGAUGAAUAUCAGUAAAGUUUCUACAGAAGCUGUUUUGACAUUUGAUAAUCUUACCUGCAUUGAUCAAAUUAAUUACAGUUGUUCCAUUGUUUACCUUGACCAAAACAGUAAAACAGAAAGAAGAAAUUCAGGGUUCACAUCCCUUUUCGUUAAAGUUCCACCUUCCAAACCUAAUAUCGUAACUAUGGUUUAUUCAUUUGAAGACGAUACAACAACACCAAUAACGACAGAAAACACGACUUUCCCUCAUUUUACUGCGCGACAAAAUAGAUUAAAAACGACUAUUAACCAAAUGAUUUCGAACAGGCGAACAACGAAUGAUGAACAUUCUAAUGUUACCUCCAUAAUCUUAAAGAAAGGAGAUAAUAUAACAUUUCUAUGCACUGGAAAUGUUGGAAAUCCACCAGGAAAAUUCAUCUGGCAAAAAUAUAGGCAUAGCAAAAAUCCAACAAAUUACACAAAUAUCGUAACAACUAUCCAGGAGGUAUCGGAUAUGUGCUCCUACAAUGGUUCAAGCACCUUGACAAUCCAGGUAACUGCUGAGGAUAACCAGGCCAUCAUUCGAUGUAAAGUAAAUUCACCAUUGGCGCAAACAAAUAUGUAUAUAGAAACUAUACCAAUGGAAGUUCAGUCUCCUGAUUUGGAUACGACAAUAGAAACUAGACGAACAACAUUAGGUACUACGAUAAGCAAUAAUGUUACAGAUUCAAACGAAAAACCAGAUUUGAUAAGUGGAUACAUAGGUAUUGGUAUUGCUCUUGGUGUUAUUCUUUUAUCAUGUUUAUUGAUAAUUGGAAUUUGUUUAUACAAACGAAAGAAAAAAACGAAAAGGAGUCGAUAUCAUGUCGUUAAAGAAAAAUCUAAUCCUAGCCAGUUAAAUCAAACAGUCCAAUUAAAACAAAUGUCUUCGACAGACAGUUAUGAAAAAAUUCCGUUGAAAAAUGAUACUGGAAAAGAGACAGUUGACAUUGAUGACAUUAAAAAGCAGAACAUGGUAUACAUAGGAACACAGGAAAAAGAUGAUAAAAAUAAAUUUUCCACGUUUCGCAGAAAUUCUCCUUCACAACAUGCAGUAUAUGCCCAAGUGAAUGAAGCAGGAAAAACACAAUAUUUAAACAAUACGCAGACCCAAACAAUUUCUAUUCAAAAGGGAGAGCAAUCUCAAGAUUCACCAAAAGGCAUUAACGACCAGUCUGCAGAGAGAAUAAGCAAACAGAAUCACAGUGAUAUAGCUCAGAAUGUCAACAAAGAAACAAUCGAUUCGUAGAUAAUUUUAUAUUUUGACAUCUCAAUCUUUUAUGAGAACAGAUGAUCGAUGCAGAGGGUCUGUGAGAUAAUGGUCCACAAUAUUGCUUUAAAAGCCAGAUGAACUACUUUAAUUCGGCGCCGAUAUCAUCAAGUUGUCUCGACAGACUUUGAACACACCCUACAUAUUGAAAUGUAACUAUAUUGUGAAAAUGUGUAUAUAGGUGUUGUCAUAAUUUUGUAAAGUGUAAAGUUCUUAUUGUUUUCUUAAAAUUACCACUGGUUCAUUUAUCAGAGUAAGUUGAGUUUCAUCUUUAUUCGUUUAAAAAAUAGUAUGAUGUUGUAAUUUGCUUUGGUAUGAAUUUGGUUAGAUCUUUCAGUGACACCUUCCUACUACUAAAUUAAAUAUCAAAUGGACAAUCGAUAAGAUGUGUCUGUGUCUAAACUUACAAGCGAUUUACUUAUGGUUUUAGACGGUAAAAUACCAGAAUAGCCAUGUGAUCUGAUAAUUUACCGAUUUUGCCUGAUUUCUGAUUGUAACAAUUUGUCUGUAUGUACAUUGGCUUUCCAUGUCGACUCACCUCGUAUUGCUCCUUUUUCGGGGUUAUGCGAUUCUCUUAGGUUUUUUUUAAUUUGUAUCAAUAAAUAAAUUGUAUCACUUUAUGGAUUUAGGAGAUUUGAACAUACAUUUGUAAACUACUGCUGCUUCAACAUGUUUAAAAGGAAUUGUAAUUUUGUGUGAAAAAAUGUAUCACAUUUAUUGAAAUCAGCGUGUUGAUCAGGCAUACAGCUGACAAUGUUAUUUCGGAAAUCAUCAUUUAAAAUUUAAACGGACGAAAAUCAACUGUAUAUAAAAAUUACGAUGUUCAGAUGAUUUGGGACAUUUUUGUUAUUUCUAUAACUUUUUACAAUAAUGAUUAUCGUCGAAGUGUUUCUUCUUAAGACACUUUGUGAAUACUUUGUCUCAAUCCAUAUCAUUUCCGGAAAAUAUCAAAUUUUAUACAUAAUCAUGUGAAGAUUUUAAGGCACGUUACGCAUGUAAGAAAUGAUAAUUACAAGUGGGAAAUAUGACUUUAGUCAUAGUGCGCCGAUAAGAAGUGUCCUAGUAUUAAAUAGCAUAGUCGCAUGCUUUGACAAACAAUAAUCUCUAUGUAGAUGAUAAAGUCAACUAUUUACAUGUACAGAGUGUAUUAUAUCUUUAACAAUAGCGUUUUGGCAAAUUUACAUUAUUUUUGUCAUAAUUGUAACUAGUUCAUGAACACAAAGACGUGUGCAAUUGAAGACAUUGUUACCAAUAAACCUAAUAAGCAAAUAUGAAUCAAAUGAACGGAGAUAUGGCUAGUCGUUUUUUUUUUUAACUUUUAGUAAGAUAUCAAAAUUUUUGCCCGCAAUCUCCUUCUAUCCUAUUUACUAAAAGUUAAAAAAACGACUAGCCAUAUCUCCGUUCGUUUGAUUCAUAUUUGCUUAUUAGGUUUAUUGGUAACAAAUACUUAUGCCUAAAAGUGGGUAAUUUGACAUUUAUCAUUUUUUAAGGGUGAUUGCAUGUUUAAGUCAUGUUAUCUGUUUGUGUUCAUAUAUUUUUUUAAAACAUACUCAGGUUUUAUAGAUAAAACUUACCUUUCUGUGUUUAAUUGUGAUUACGAUGGUGGUCAUAUUAUGUUAUUAACAGAAAACAUAUUUUUAUGCUGCUCGAUUUUUCAGUACUCCAGCAAGACGCGACAUAAUCGGGUUUUUUUUAAGCGCUUCGGACACAAUGAGUUAUAAAGCUUCAGUUAGAUUAUCCAAAUCAAACGUUUCAAGUAUUUAUAUCACAUCGUAUUCUAUCAAUUCAUUAAAUGAAUUCAGAUAGUCAGCAUAUGUCAUUUAAAUGUGUGUUGCAACAGGAGUAAUACAUGCAUACGUUUCAUAUCAUACAAGUUAUAACUGUUGAAUUUAUUAAGCAAUCUAAAGUUUAGGCAUCUAGCGUGGCAUACAUGUAUGUCAUCUUCACUAAAAUUGAUACCAUACGAUUAUAUUGAUAUGUUCAAUUAAUAUUGCUAUGUCAACCGUUUCACUUUGCUUAAAAUAACGGUUUCCAGAAUGUAACUAUUUUAGUGUGUCUUGUCGGACUUAUUUUGAAUCAAAAUGUUUAUAAAAAUUGACAGAUUCAAACAUUGCAAAUAACACUUAUAGGGAAAUUCGAUAAAUGUGGAAAAGUCAUUUUAGAUAAGAAUAUUGUUUUUUAUUGGACAAGAUAUAUAAGAUAAAUAAAAUUCGUGAAGAACUGCAUUACUAUAUGGUAUUUGUUUAAUCUUCAUGCCAUUCCUGCCCUUUAAUGUCGGAUACAUAAGGAAAUCCGUAAAAUAGAAAAUUGUAAGAGUAGAUAUAGUUAUAGCCAAAUACAUCUGAUAGCUUAUGAUUAUUUUUGACCAUAAGAACACACGAAGAAUACACAGACAAAAUUCUAAACGGCCAUUUCUUUGACUACUGAAAUAUAAGAUAAGACUAGUGGAAUGAUGUGUAAUUUUUAUCUGCAAUAUCUUUGUUAACGAUAGAUUAUAAACUCUAGAGACUAAAAAAAUUGAGAAUAAAACUUUACAUUUUUUUAUCUUGUUUCUCGUUCCUUUUUGCAUAGUAAGGGAAAUAAUAUAUAUUUAAAUUAUAUGAAAUACCCAGAAAAAAAUAUGUAAAACAUAACAAAGUAAAAGCGCGUAUUUCGUUUGAUUGCAAUCGCAAUAAAUAAAGACCUUUCAAUUUCCAAAUUUUAUUUGGUAUCAAAAUUGUGUUGAACGUUUUGAAAUUUUACACUGAAUAAGAGAAGGUGUACACCUAAACUCAAUCCCUUACAUGUUAACACAAGUAAUGUUUAAAUUAAUUGUGACGUGUUUCAACAAUUAUCUAUAAGUGCUAGUAUUUACUUUUUCCUGUCUACUUUAUCAUUUAAAUAUCCAUGUUCAUAGGGCUUUGUGCAUCAUCCAUCGCAAAUAGUUAAUUUAAAAAUACUCAAUAAUCAUAUGAAAGCUGUUUGACAAUUCCCUUCAAUAAAAACGUGUGAUGACUCGUGAUUAACUCCUUUUACAAGUUAGUUAUGUAACAUUACAAAUGAAUGAAAAUGUAUAUGAUUUCGUUUUAUCAAAAGCAUUGAAUGUUUAUCGAUUUUUUUUUCAUUUUUUUGGAUACUAUGUAAUGUUCAAAGUUAGUAUUAUGUUUAACAUGUAUCAGUUGUGCGUGUUUAUAGAAGAAAAUUGUAGAAAUAUAUCGAGUGUAUUUAA